AGUACAGUAGAGGAAGAAGUGAGAAAAAGGUAUUUAAGACACUGCAAAAUGCAGGGGACUUCCAUUUUAGUGAUAUACUUUCACAAAAUAGUUGCAAUCAAUAUAAGGAAACAUGACUUUCAAGUUUGUAUUUCUCCUGGCCUUUGCAAUUGCCACUAUUUCAAUAGUCGGUGCAGAUAAAAUUUCUUGUGAAACUUGCAAUGGGCUGUCUUGUCUCAUAACACGUGGGAGGGCCUUGAAAGAGUGUCCCAGUGAGAGUGAUUCCUGUAUCAGUGUUUUUUGCAAUUCUAUGAUCCUGGCCAGAGGUUGUUCCUCCCUAACUGACACUCCUCAAUGUGGCCCAACAGCCGAAUUAACUGCCAUAAAGUGCUCAGAAGAAAGAUGUGAACUUCCUUCAAGUUCAAAAAAAGCCGAUCCAGGUGUAUCAAUUCGAGCUAGUUCUUGUGUCCAGUGCAAUCAGGGGCAGAAUAGAGAUUGCUCGGUGAAUGCAUUAACCCUGGCAUCAACAAUUUGUGCAGCUGGAGAAACCGAAUGUUACACAAAAAUGGACAAUGGACGAAUUACACGUGGUUGUCUGAAUCAAUUAAGUGAGGGUGAACAAUUGUAUUGCAAAAAUGAGGAAUUUGGUGAAAAUUGUGUCACAUGCAGCCAAAGUGGAUGCAACAGAGACAUUUUCCCAGCCAACAGACUUAAAUGCCAUCAGUGUGACUCUCAAACUGACCCAAGUUGCAACACAGCCAAGUCCACACGGACAGCAACAUAUUGUGAAGAUCAUUCCGCUGAGAAUCAAUGCCUCACGAUUAUAAGCGCUGAUAAAAGAGUUCGUAGGAUGUGCACUACUACUCCUGCGGCUAAUUGCAAUGGGGCUAUUUCUUGUUCUCGUUGCUAUACCAAUGGAUGCAAUAAUGAAGCUGUCUCAAUUGCACAAUUGCAACAAAUGGAACAAUGUCCUCUACCUCAACCCUCAACGCCCCAACCAUCGCCAUCUACUCCUGCAGUGACCCCUACGACUACAAGACCAACCUCUCCUUCUCCCAACGGUGUAGCCAAAUUCCUACCCGGACCUUUAAUUGUAGCCCUGUCUAUUGGUAUCUGCCAACUCCUUUUCUAAUCAUAUCUGUACUUUCAAAGUAUUUUAAUAAAAAAAAGCCAGUGAUAAA